CAACGUUAUUCUAGACCAGCACAAAAUGGAGACAGAAUCGUGUUCUGUCAACGCACCCCGCGAAGUAUUCCCAAAUUCAUGCGGGAUUGCAGCAUCUGUACCGACAGCAAACCACUACCAGAAUUCCCCAUCUGUUCUGUAUCUAAAUUGUGCACACAUCCACCGGAAGCAUGUCUCGAAUGCAUCACGACCUCGAUCAAGACUGACUUUACCAACAAGAGAUGGGAUCAGAUUCAUUGUCCCGAGUGCCAUGCGCCGAUGGAAUAUCAGGAGGUGGAGCUCUACGCGGACAAGGACACUUUUGCCAAAUACUCAACCAUCGCAUUCAGGAGCGCCGUAGGCAAAAGCCCCGACUUCAUCUGGUGUCCCGCCAACUGCGGCUCUGGGCAGGUCCACGAAACCGGCGACGACCGCCCCAUCGUGUGCUGCGUUCAAUGCAAACACAAGUUCUGCUUCCGCCACCAAGUAGCGUGGCAAAAAAGCCUUUCGUGUGAAGAAUAUGACCGAUUUCUAGAAGACCCGGAGACCUUCCGCAGCUGCGUCGACCUCGACAACGAAGCAGCCGAAAACAUGGCGCAGGCUGAGCUAUCGGUGCGUCAGGAGCAGGAAGAGAGGGACAGGAUAUUUGCGCUGAGUCUUCUCGAGGCAGAACAAGCAGAGGAGGCAAGACGCCAGGCGGAAAGGAGUCGGUUUGAACGGGAGAGGAGGGAGGCAGCGGAAAGGGCUAGGACCGAGGCGGCGAGGGAGACGGAGAGGAAGAGACUGAAUCAGACGAAGGCGGAUGCUGCGAGGAAGAAGAUGGAGGAGGAUGCCAGUCAGGCUACGGUUCAGAAGACUACAAAGCCGUGUCCGGGGUGUGGGUGGGCAAUUGAGAAGAAUGAGGGAUGUGCUCAUAUGACUUGCGCUAAAUGCGAGUUCGAGUUUUGCUACGAUUGCGGAGCAAGCCACAGAGAUAUUUUGCGGCAUGGAAACGCGUUGCAUAAGAUUACGUGUCCGUGGCAUAUGGAUAAUUUGCCGGUUGCUUUGGCUAGCUGA